AUGUGGAACAAGUUUGGUUCAGAACAAUUGGGAGAAAGUUCGGGUAUUGUGGGUUUAGGAAGUGCAUUCAAAGCAUCUGAUACUCAAAAGAAAUAUGCAAGUCGAUUUCUUGUUGUCAACGAAAAUAUGGAUAUAGUUUCAGUUGGCGGAACUGGUGCGGCAAUGCUACUUGGAGUCAAGCCAAACAAAAAGUCGGGAGAAAAUUGCAAAACAGUUACAUCUACUCAGGAAAUCAUUGACGAUAUCACAACUGUAUUGUAUAUUCCUGGUCAGACAAAUAUGGUCGCUUUUUGUAUUACAUUGACAGGAAAAGAUGGUUUGUUUGGAUACAACAACUGGUAUGGCCAAGUGAAGUUCUUUCCAAUGAAGGAUUCAGGUACGGCAAGCUACGCCCAAGUACCAUGCAAAAGUUAUAUAAAUAAGGGUGAUUGGUUUUGGAAUGACUGA